GCCCCGCAGCUGUUGCCCUCCCUCUGGCGGGGAGCGGGUGGUGGUGACGUCACUUCCUCCCGUGGGGCCACUGGGGGCGCGGGUUAUAAGGAGCUGCCACCCCGGCCGCACGGUGCCCAGGACCCUGGUCCGGACGCCCCACCAUGCGGCGCCGCGAGCCCACCGUGCCGCUCCUGCUACUGCUGCCGCCUCUGCGGGCGCUGCUGCUCGGGGCGGCUGUCCUUCCUCCCCUGGCACCGAGACCCUCCAAGGAGGAGCUGACCCGCUGUCUGACAGAGGUGGUCACAGAAGUGCUGAUGCUGGGCCAGGCCAAGCGAGGCCCCUGCCUGGCUCUCCUCCACCAAGAAAUGUGUGCGACAGAGUCUUGCGGCUGUGGGUCCACUGAAGAGAGAGGCCUCCUGGUUGGGGAUUUAAAAAAGCCAGAGGCUGGGAAGACAAGGUCCAGCCAGGAGGUGAGGGACGAGGCAGAGGCGGCAGCAGAAAGGACCCACAAGGCCGAAGCGCGGGAACAGGCCAUCCGCCAGCAGCUCCACCGCCGGCUCCGCCAGGAGGACCACAGAGGGGAGGAGGAGGAAAAGAAGAGGCGGCCCGUGGAGACCUUUGGGGGCCUGUGGAAGCGGGUGGCAGAGCAGACCAGCAAUGAGGAGACCCAGUUCGAGGCAGAGGAGAAGGGGUGCAGGUGCUGGGCAGGGGCCACAGCCGGUGGAGAGAGGCACGAGGACCGCCACCACCUCCACCAGCCAGAAGCUGAGCCCAAGCAGAAGAGAGAGGCUUCGGACAGGGAGGAGCAUGACGUGGAACGGCUGGAGCACAUGAGAGAUGAGCUGAAGAAGGCGACAGAGAUGCUGGGAGAGGAGCUCAGGAGGGCGGGCUGACCCCUGACCUCGUGUCCUCCUUCCUCACACACCCUACGGCUUAGGACUGUUGACCCCCAAACCCUUCCAGUCCGUCACCCCACUCUGCUCCCCAACCUGCAGGAGUGGGGGGAAGGGUGUGCCUUGAAACCAGCCCUGAGGGGCCAAGUCUGAGCUGGGUAGAGGGGCUGGGCUCAGACUGACUCAGGAAACAGCCCUGACACCCGCCUAACCCAGUCCAACCCUCCCGAGUGAAUAAAGCAUGAAGAA